AUGGAGGGCAAGGAGAUCAGGAAGGUGUCGUUCCGCAGCGAGUGGACAAGCGCUCUCUCCAAGCAGCCAGAGCCAUGGCGUGCGAAGCGCUGGUUGCAAUUCCUACGCAAAGAGUGCAGACUCACGCUGCUGCUAUUGAUGCUCGGAGUCUCCGCAUCUCUUGUGGACGAUAUCAUCGACAUGGUCGUGUUGGGCUUGAGUAAAACUCGACGGGAAUUUUUAAACGCUACCACCAAGAACCAGUCCACGUACAUUGAUCUUAUUGCUUGGAGCGCCUUCACAAUUGUCGUUGCAAUCGCUGGCGUAAAGUGGACGGAAGUGUUCGAUCCAAUGGCUGCAGGCUCUGGGAUUCCUGAAAUGAAAAGUAUCAUUUCGUACGAUCAUCGCGAGGACGCCAGUGAAUAUCUCCGAGCCAGGACGCUCAUAUCCAAGAUUGGCGGACUAGCGCUUGCUUUAAGUAGUGGCCUCUCUCUCGGCAAGGAAGGGCCAUUUGUACACACGUCGUCCAUCAUAGCACAUCGACUCAUGAAGCACGUGAAGUGGUUUUAUCGAAUCUACGAAAGCGACAUUAUGAGGCGACACGUCUACAAUGCAGCCUGUGCUGUGGGUGUUACCUGCACAUUCCGGGCCCCAAUCGGCGGCGCGUUGUUUGCCAUUGAGGUUACAAGCACAGUCUUCGUGGUUUCGAACUAUUGGCGUGCUUUCGUGGUGUCAAUCAGUGCUCUACUAGCACGGCAGGCUGUCUACAUGGUGCAUCAAGACUCGGUUGCUGCAUAUCAUCCGAUGUUCCCCACAAACUUUGAGGCUGAGUCGUUCAGAUUUGCCGAGAUCCUCGCAUUCGCAGUUUUGGCUGUGUUCACUGGUCUUCUUGGUGCAAUGUACGCCUCCGUGUCGACAACCUUCAGACAACACUGGAGAGCGUGGACAGCAAAGAAGUCUGUCGUAGUGGUGUCAUGGGUGUUGCUCAUUCCACUCGCUGCAAUCCUCUGCAUGCCCGUGGGGUUGGGCCGUUUGUCGUUCAGCGAAACCUUAACCGAUUUAAUCAGUGAUAAACCCACGCUGCCGGAUCGUUGGCACGCCGACUUGUCCUUGUCUGUGUAUAUGGUCCUCCCCCUGGCUGGUUUGAUCCGCUUGGUAGCGACGACAAUAUCCACAACUCUACCGAUCCCUGCCGGUGAUUUCGUUCCAACAUUCAUUGCAGGCGCCGCUUUCGGUCGGCUAUUUGGUGAAGUUCUUCGUUUGAUCUUCCCGUCAGCUAGAAUCGUGGCCGGGGGAUACGCACUAGCGGGUGGAGCUGGCUUCGUCGCCUCGACUACAAACACGACGUCCGUCGCAGUGAUCGCCAUGGAGUUCACUGGGCAGUUUGUAUACACGAUUCCGUUGAUUCUGUCGACUCUUGUCGCCUCUGGGGUCGGCUGUGCGCUUCGAGUGUCCGUGUACGACAGCGUCAUUGCGAAGAAAGGUUUCAGUUAUCUAUGCACGCUUGAUCUCGAGGGCUUGAAGGCGCGCGACGCCAUGCUGCGGCGGUUCCCUAUUCUCACGCCUGACAUAGAUCUAGCACAGCUAAGACACACACUCAACACGGCAACGUCGACUCUUACACUGCCGAUUGUCGAGAAUCCGACCAGCAUGAUCUUCGUUGGCUGUGUAGCGCGCUGCGAGCUCGAGAAUACCAUCCGCUUGGUGACGGACAGCGAGUACCAAGAUCCAUUCUAUCUUCGCUCUGCACUGAAGAUGCCACAGCAAGCAUACAACGCGAUUCCUUUGGUAACUGAACCAAAGGAGGACGCAGACAUUAUAUUAGCUGAAUUCACAUCCGAAGUCAAGCCAAUACUUAGUGCCAUUAAAGUUGUGUUCGACGUUCCAAACGCACGGAAAUUUGUCCAAGAAGCCCCCCAUGCACUGGUCCAACCGCUACUCGAGAUCGACUCGACUGCGCUCCAAGUGGAUCCUGACACGCCCCUACAAAAAGUUCACCUGCUGUUUGAGAUGAUCAAGUGCUCAAGCAUAUGGGUAACUCGGCAAGGUCGACUCGUGGGGCUACUACACCGCCAAAACCUGCAUAUCCGGGUCGCCGAACUCAAGCGUAAGGCAUGUCCGUCCUUACCGGCUCGCUCUGGUCAUUAA